ACUAUUGUUGGGGUGAGGUCUGGGGAUAAUGUACAGAUGCAAACGUGUCAAAAUCAAGCCGGAGAAGAAUUAUCCAUUAGAAGCCUGCAAUUUGAUCUUCACGAAACUUUCUCCAAUCAAUUGAUUUAUUUUGAAACCCUAGAUUUUAUUUUGUUGUUUUUUGCUUUCAAAUUUCUCACGCAAAAUAACUAGAUUUUUUUUAUUAUAAACAAAAACCUCCACCGCCUGAUUACACACACAGAGAAUAAACGUACGAUGGAUACCAUCACAAGCUCUUCCUCUCCUUCACGCAAGGUAACUUUAGGGAAGAUUGCUAUUGGCAGACUGCAAAAGGAGCUAGCGGAAUGGCAGAUGAGUCCUCCACCAGAGUUUAAUCACAAAUUCACUGAUAAUCUUCAACGAUGGGUGAUUGAAUUCGAUGGAGCCCCUGGAACUUUAUAUGCCAAUGAAAAGUUUCAGCUUCAAGCUGAUUUCCCUGAAAAUUAUCCUAUGGAAGCACCUCAAGUGAUCUUUAUUCCACCCGCGCCUAUGCAUCCUCACAUCUAUAGCAAUGGACAUAUCUGUUUAGAUAUUCUGUACGAUUCGUGGUCCCCUGCAAUGACGGUCAGUUCUAUCUGCAUCAGCAUCCUCUCCAUGUUAUCGAGCGCUACUGUGAAGCAACGCCCUGCUGAUGAUGAUCGGUACGUGAGGAACUGUAAGAGUGGCAGGUCCCCAAAGGAGACAAGAUGGUGGUUCCAUGAUGAUAAAGUGUAAUUAUCUAACAAGCAAUCAUCUGUGUACAAAAACGACGUGUCCUAUUUUAUCAUGGGUACCAGAUAAAGGGGCAUGCAGGACGAUGAGCCCAGAAGCUCCGUCAGCCCAUUUUACAUUGAAUGAUGAACUCUGCUAGUUUACUUUGAACUUUGUCACCCGCUUUGUUUAGAGAUCUGUGUUUAUCAAUAGGAUUAUAAAAGAUUUCUUCCGCUCUGAUAGAUGAAAAGGCAAUUCAAAUUUUAAGUA